AUGGCACAUUGGGCGGAACACUUUCUAGAUCAGUUCGGCUGGCUGCCUGUUCUCCAACCUCUUCCUACUCAGGUGAUGCAGGACGAGCCAUGGACGUUUAGUUUAGAUCCUCCGUCGAAGGCUGAGGUCCAAAACGCGAUCACAGCCCUCAAUCGUUUACGUACCACUGGCCCGGAUUCCCUCCCACCUGAGGUGAGGUCCUCUGAUUUUCCUAUUCGGACGUAUCUGGAAGGAAGUGUCUCAGCUCAUUGGGGCGAAUCGAUUAUGAUGGCAAUAUACAAGCAGGGCAGUCGCACCGACUGUUCUAACCACAGGGGUAUUAGCCUAACGCCAGUUGUGACAAAAUUACUGGCAACAAAAUCACUGUGCAACGGAAAUCUCAGAUUAGGGAAGAGCAGGCUGGUUUCUGCCCAGAACGUGUCU